UUUGUCAUUUUGUCCAACAAUCUAUUCUAUUUGUCAUUUCUAAAUUUUAUUGUGUUAUAGUUUUAUGGAAAAUACUCGUACAAGAUUUUUGUCAUUCGUGUAGUUGCAAUAUUCCACUAUAAUGGAUGCAAAUGAACGAGAAUAUGAUUUCCCCUUUAAUUACUUGUACAAAGCAUUGACUUUUUUGUUAACAAAAGUAAUCAAGAUAAACUCGAUAUUGGUAUUGUUGUCCAACAUUGUUUGGAUCGCAAUGGCUUUUUAUUGCUUAAAAAAAUACAACGAACGAUAUCGCAAUGAUUUAAUGCAGUUUGCCUAUGUUACUUUCGUCAUAAGUGCCAUGAACAGUGCCAUGAACAUUACAGAACUGUUUUUCGAAAACGUAAUGUCUUCAAUGAGAUCUCUCCUUGAGCUGCUUCUCUCAGCACUUGCAUUUCCUUGCUUAACAACAUCAGUUUGGCUCAAAAAUGACGUCGCCCAAAAAGAAGUGGCGUGGCUCCACACUGUCAUCGGCUUAAUACCUACUUAUAUUUUCUUAUUCCAACAUUACACAAGACAAGAUUUGAUCGACUUUACAGUCGUCUUGAAUAUGGUGUCCUUAAUUGGAGUCGGCUUUUUGUAUCAAGAUAUUUUUGCGAUGGCAGCUUCAGCACUAUUCUUUCUGUGUUAUUGCGUAUUUUUCUUCCGAAGUGAACUUGCCUACGAGCCAGGGUCAAAACAAAUUUUUAAUUACUGCAUGGCGGCAUUUACCUUCUGCGGUUAUAAAGCCGUUAUAUGAUUUUUGGAUGUUUUUAUGUUUGGCUAAAUUUAUAAACGGUGGUCAAAAAAUUAAA